CCACAGGCUCUUAUGAGAAAGAGUGAAGGGUGCCGAAGGGUGCCGAGAGGGGACUUCUGGGGCCUUGGGAGCCUCGUGGUUCUUACGCCUGGACUCCCAGACUGCCAGGGUCCCUUCCUCCAAAGCCCGGUCACCUAAGGCCUGAGCCCCCGGAAAGAGGGAGGAGGGUCGAUUUCAAAUACCCCCAGCCCCGCCUCUUCCCCCUGCCUGCUCAGCUUCCUCUCUCUGCGAGGAACACUUUCACUUCCUGCUACUCCAGGCCUCCCCUCGGAGAACAGGUAGGGGCCCCCAGGGACUGAGCAGCUGGCAUCACCCCCCCACUGGCCCACUGCCUCCCUGUGGUAUCAGGUAGCCGCUGCCAUCCCAUCCUGCCCAGCACCACCCAUCUCCUCCUCCCCUUCUCAUGGGACCCAGGCAAGCAUCUGUCUCCCUCCCCCCACCCCUCGUGACUGCUCUCCCCUGGCCAGGGCACCUGCUCUCUGUCCCCCACUUCCUAAUACCCUGCGUUUCUGGUCAGUGGGCUGAUUGAUUUGUUUAGCUGUUUAUUUUCCAUCCCCUAUACCCACCCCAAGAAGAAUGGAAGCCCCUGGGAGCAGGGGCCUAUUCUGUCCAUCACCCUUUUCCCCAGGCACCCUUUCACCCUAAUCUGGGCCUGUACUCAAUAAAUAUUUGUUGGAUGUAUGGGUGCACGGAUGGAUGGAUGCAUGGAUGGACCUAGGACUCCUCCUCCUGGGACUGCUGCAGGGAAAAUAUUUUAGAAUGCCCACCUUAACUGAUAACCCACUGUAGGACUCUCUACCUGGUUAAAAGGGUUGGGGUCCAAUGGAUAGAGGGACAGAUGUGUGAUAAAGCAAAAAGAAUAAUAGUAAAAUCUAGGUAGUGGGUAUGUGGCUGUUCCCUGUAAAAUUAUUUCAGUUUUUCUGAAUGUUUUAAAUCUCUCAUAAUAAAACGUUGGGAGAAAAUAUUUGAGGGCUCCUCUGUGGUCUGGGAAGGGAGGGAGAGGAAAUGUUGUAUAACAUUUGUCACAGUUCCAGAGUGCCUGCUAUGGACAGAGCCCUUUUCCGGGCACUGUAUUUUGACAAGGUUGUUAAUUAGCUGGUCCACGUUCAUAAGGCUACACCGGAUGUUAUAAUCUGAAAUAUUACCCUACUGCUUGGUAAAUAGCUGUCAUUUUGAGUCAUCUUCCUCCCCCACUACGUCAAGACUCAAGACUCCUGGGAUCCCCAGAUCGCCCCACCAUCCAGCAAAUAAAGAAUUAAUACCUGGCACAGCAAGGGGUCUCAAGUCCAUUCUGAUUGGUCAAGGUCUCUGCCAUGUGGGUUGUAAAUAGACUUAUCUUCCUCCCUGCCAGAGGCCAGACCAUGGCUCACUGGCCUUCUGCACCCUGAGGAUGAUGGCACAGCCACAGGACAAGGCCUCAGCAGGCCCCACCGAUGGGGAGAGACUAAUCCCAUCACAGGCGAAUGGAACAGGUGAGACCCCCUUAAGGGUCCUUGGGACCCCAGAGCCACUCCUUCGCCUUCAGAGGACAUGGGGGGUGUGGCAGAUCCCAGAGCUGGAUGCCCAGGAUGCAAAAGCCCUUCUGGAGCUGUGGCCACCAGGGAGUUUCCUGGUCGUAGGACAUGAUCCCAGACAGGUCCUUGUGUUGAGGGCAGGACCUUCACCAGGGGAAAUCAGCACCUACCAGAUCCUGAAGCUUCCUGGAGGUGUGUCUCUGGAGUCCUCUAACCUAUGCAUGUCAGACCUGCCCCAUCUCCUGGCCUUCCUAUCAGCCAGCAGGGAUGUUUUGCCCAGAACACUGCUCUUGCCCCCUCCCACUCUAGGGCCUGGAGACCAAAACACAGAUCCUCUGCAGAUUGGCAGCAUUCAACUCAACACCUCAGGGAGGGUGUUCUUUGUGGUGAACAAGCUCUACCUGGAGACCCACAGAGGGUGGGAGAUGGAGCAGACACCCCCAGAGACAACUCCAGAGACUGCCAAGAGACAUGGUCCAGCCCCCAGGAACCCAGCCCCUCACCAGGUCUCCUGGGUGGAAGGCCCACUCAGCCCAGAAGUACACCAUCCUAGGCCAGCUCUGGCCAGCCUGGUGGAAGAGAAGGAGGAAGAGGAGAAGGAGGUGGAUGACUACAGAGAUGAAGAAGGGGGAGCUGAGGAUGCGCUCACGCGUCACAUCCGGGCUCUAGCCAGGGCCCGGAGCAGCUACGUGGCCAGGCAGUUCCGGGGCUUUCGGGUGCGCCUCACCUCAGAGGCUGAAGGUCCCCACAGGCCUGGGGACCCGGCCACAGAGCUGCUUCAGGAUAUGCGGCACCUCCUUGCUGACCUCCAAGAUCACUUAGCAAAGGACCCCGAUGUCAGGGCUGUCUUUGAGAGCAGGGCACCCGGGGCCCCCCAGAAGGACGAGGAUCUAGGCCCCGCGGUGGAGGCGGCCCUGUGCCGGGCGGUGCUGGCGCCUCUGAAGCCGGCCCUGUGGACUCGACUCCGCACGCUCCGCGCCCCAGCUCUGCGGCAACUGCGGCGGCGACAGAUAGCCCUGCGGGCGGAGGCGGGGCCUCCGGGAGCUCAGGGGGCGGGGCAUGAGAGGCGGGGCCCCGUCCCCGCCCUGCGAAGCCGCAUCCACGCGCGCCUGGCGCGCCUCCACUCAGCCUGCGCCCCACGCCGCAAGGUGUCUGUCCUGCUGGCGGUGUGCAAUGACGUCUACGAGGGCCUGGCUCGGGACGAAAACCAAGAGCCCCUGGGGGCCGACGCCUUCCUGCCAGCGCUAACAGAGGAACUAAUCUGGAGUCCGGACAUUGGGGAGACGCAGCUCGACGUGGAGUUUCUCAUGGAGCUCUUGGAUCCGGACGAGCUACGGGGAGAGGCCGGGUACUACCUGACCACGUGGUUUGGGGCCCUGUACCACAUUGCCCACUACCAGCCUGACACGGGCCGCGCGCCCCAGGGGCUCAGCUCUGAGGCCCGGGCCUCCCUGCACCAGUGGCACCGCAGGCGGACGCUGCAUAGACAGAGCCCCACCGAAGCCCAGGCCAAGCUGCCCUUUGAGGAACCAUGGGCAAUAGAGAUUGUGCAAGAGGCCAAUGAUGAUUAGAAUCUCAAACCCUUCUGCUCUGCAGGCAAGGUUCGGGAGGCACCUAGGGCAGCACCAACUUCUGACCCCUGUAGUUUAGACUAGAGGCAGCAAGCAGGAGGGGCUCCCAGGAAAAGGAAACGGGUCUGAGGGAAGACCUCUGAGCCUUUGCAUUGGCUGUCCCUGCUUCCUGGAAUGCCAUUCCCAAAUAUCCACACUGCUCCUUCCCUCCCUUCCUUCAGGUCUUUAGGCAGAUGUCACCUUCUCAGUGAGGCUGUCUUCCAGACACCCCUGUCUAAAACCACAGCUUCUCUGGCUUGACCCUCUCUGUGGUAAACAGAAUAAUGCCGCCCCAAGAUGUUCACCUCUAAUCCCCAUAAUCUGUGACUAUGUUACCUUAAGUGGUAAAAGGGACUUUACAGAUGUGAUUAAAUUAAGGAUCUUGGACUUCUCUGGUAGUCCAGGGGUUAAGGCUCCGCGCUUCCACUGCGGGGCCUGCGGGUUCGAUCCCUGGUGGGGGAAGUUCUGCAUACCGUGGGGUGCGGCCAAAAAAAACAAAAAUUAAGGGUCUUGCGAUGGGAAGAUUACCCUGGAUUCAGGUGGGCCCGAUGUAAUCCCCAGGGUCCUUAUAAGAGGGAGGCAGUGGGGUCAGAGUCAGAGGAAGAGAUGUGAUGAUGCAAGCAGAGGUCGGAGUGAUGUGUCCAGGAGCCAGACAAUGUAGGCAUCCUCUAGAAGCUGAAAAAGACAAGGAAUGGAUUUUCCCCUGGAACCUCCAGAAGGAACUCAGCUUUCCACUUUGUUUUUUUUUAAAUUAAAGUAUAGUUAAUUUACAAUGUUGUGUUAGUUUCAAGUGUACAACAAAGUGAUUCAGGAAGGCAAAGGAAGACUUGAC